ACUUUCACUUUCUGAUUACUAGAAAUCAGGAGGAUGUUUCAAGAGUGAAAAUACCGACACAGAUGUGUUUACAUAAAUUAAGAUUAUAUUACUUUUGAUCUGGUAUUUGACGAACCUCUCGUCCAAAAGUGAUUGUGACUAGUUUGUUUAUUAUCUGUGUUGGUUGACGUCGUGACAGUAUUAUGCGUGUCAGUAUUUGAUGUCCCUCUCAGCCAACACUCAUCUAAACAGUGACCGUUUCUCCGUGGGUCUUACCUGGCAGCGUAAUAAAGGUUGAUAAACAGCAGCAGAAUAGGCCUACCCGUCCUGAAUCUGUUAUCUUUUCAAGAUCAGAGCAGAGGACAGCAAAUCCUGUUUCCCUACAGCAGCAUCAGUGUGACAAGUAUGAGUCUGGCAAGGACAAUGAGUUUCGAAAAGCCAAACAGGAGCCUCUCACCAGAUGCAGCAUAUGCCCUUACAAAGUGGAGGACGGCGACAUUCUUCACCAUUCUGACUGGGAAUACUCUGCGGUCUCAUGAGGAAAUCAAUCACUGUCUCACUGCAAAAGGUUUAACUGAGGUGACGUCACUAGAGGAGAGUGAUGUCAUCCUGGCUUUCUGUCCCAUUGUCUCUCGUGCUGGGACUGAUGUUGAAGCAGCACUGCAGAAGAUUCCAGCUGGUAAACCUGUCAUCCUGGUAGUGCUGCAUCACACCUUCGAUCCAGACUACACUGUACCUAACAGUAGCAGACUAGUGACCAGAGGUGAUGUGAUACUCACAGUGGACUGUCUCUUCCAUGAGAACCAGGGACUACUGGAGUGUCCUCGCAAUGAAGAAGCAAUUCUAAAGAUUCUGGACAGGACAAAAAUACAGCCAAAGAAUGAUGAGGUCUGGGAACUAAUCGGAGAAGAAGAAGCCAGUGAUGCCCCUGAGCAGGAAAACCUAGAGGCAAGGACAAUGAGUUUGGAAGAGCAAAUCAGGGGCCUCUCACCAGUUGCAGCAUCUGCCCGUGCAAGAGCUGGAAUUAAAGAGGACAUUGAUAUUCAAGAGUUAACAAGAGAUGAUCUGAAGGAACUUCUGCCAGGCCUUGAGCAUUUCAAACUUAGGAAGAAGAUCAGUGAACUUCUAACCCAAUCUAAACAGGACACAGCUAAACCUAUCGAUUUCAUUCUUAACGAGUUUAGGGAAUUCCUUCCAGCUGUUGUCAUGAAGAAUGCACUUGUUCCUGGGGGAGUGUUACAUGGCUACGUCACUAUUCUUAAAGAUUUGAAGAAGCAGCUGGCCAAAGCCGUGCACUUAAUUCAGGAACACAUUGAACUGCUUGAGAGCUACAAUAAAGAAGAGCCCAUGGAGGCUGAAGGCAAUGCUGUGUCCCCAUCAGCUGACUCUGCUACAGCAGGAAAACAGCUAUCCAAUGUUGCAGUACAUAAGCAAUCUGUUGAAGGCGCUUCAGAACGACCAGCCUUAGGUGCUGUAGAGGUCCACCCCAAACGACCAAGAACAGAUCUGUCCACCAGUGAAGUUAAAGUCUAUUCCCAAGUGUGUGGAAAAACCCUGAACGCUCACCUUGCACUCAUGAAACAAGUGGAGGAUCUGGGACUUAAACGAAAGGAGACCAGUGUAGAGGACUGCCAAGUCAUAAUGGUCUUCUGUCCUGUUACAUCUCGUGUGGGAACUGACAUUGAGGCUGCCAUGAGCCAAGUUCCAGGUAACACAGAUGCCAUUCUAGUUGUGAUGCACCAUACUUUUGAUCGCUACUUUGUCACAGACCAGAGAUCUGCAUCUCACUACAAAAGCGUAGAGAAAGUUAAUGUUCUCUUCCAUGACUCUGUGGGACUUCUGCAUUGUAAAACAAAUGAUAUUGCAGUGACUCUCAUACAUAAGGCCUUACUGAAAUACAACAGCAGUUCUUACAGACAUUAAGUGCCCCAUUGUGGCAACACAAAGAAAGUGUUUGAAGUCUGUAACAAGAUUACAACGCCACCAACAUUAUUUAAAAACCUACAUUUCUACAACUUCCACCCAGGGCAUUGGUGACUCAUUCUAGUUUAGAAGAAAGCUUAUCACAAUUUGUGUAGUGAGCCAAAUUAAUAUCUUGAUUCUCAAUAAGUACAAAACUAGACUUCUCUGUAGAACCUCGGAGUGAAUCUUUGAAGAUACCUCAUAUGUAUUUGUGAAUUUCAGCUUGUUCUACUUUUAGUAUUAGAAGCACUUAUAGUUUGAGGUGUUUUCUACUGUUACAUUAUGCCUCAAUCAUGAGAAUGUGUUUAUGAAUGUUUCAUCUUAUUCUAUGAGAAUAAAUCAAGUACAAGUGUUGCAUAAAAUAUUGAAUUAACUUAGUAAUAAUGAUAUUGACAAGAUGUUCUCAACUCUUCAGAUAUCAAGACUUACUCAUUUGUGUUGAGGAAUUUGUCUCUGCAGAUAGACUAAUCUAUUCCAAAGCUAAAAUAAAGAGUGCACACGCAACAUUGAUUGGAACAAGUGUCAAGUCAAAUAUUUAAUAUUUAUCAUAACACUAAGAACGUAAUUGAUUAUAAAAAUUCUGCUGAUAUCAAUAUAAAAGAUGCAUAGCGGCAUUCAUUUCUAAACAUCCUCGUAGCAAUACUUUUGCAUUUAUAUUCACACAAAGUGAUUUAGAAUCACUUCUCUCUUGCCUUAAGUCUUUCCAUCAAAGACAGGCUUUAAUGACAAAACAGCAGUUUUGUCAACUGAUGUAAAAACCUGCUGUUAAUAAAGGACACCAUGAUCAAAAUGUCAUAAGCCCACCAGGCCACAAGAACAACACUUUAGUGUCAAAACACGACCAUGGGCCUGUAGCACCAAAAUGAAGUAGGUCAGUCAAUGAGAAUAUAUGCUCUUAUUUCCACUGGAAGUAAGGCCAUGUCCCAUGAUCCAUCCAUCAACCAUCUCCACCUCACAGAAGUAACCGUGUCAUGACAGUGCAGAUUAUUGAUAAAUAUAUUAUGAUAUUUCAUGUUUCCCAAAUGUAAUGUGUUUAUAGGGACAGGCUUUACAGGAGAUUGUCCUCAAAUCUUCUCCCUCAACAGGAAUUGGUCUGCAACCUGUUAACGUGUACAAUAUGCUUAAGUGUGAGAAAACAUCCUUUUACACUUUGGUAUGAAUCACAUGAGCAUUUGUCCUCAUAGGACACUAGAACUACUGCCACAUGCUGGAAAAUAUAGGCCAUUAACAGUAUAUCACUGUUCUUUAAUAUAUUUAACUGCUGUCUCAUCACCACCACUGGUUUUAUGCCCAUUAGACAGUAUCAUAUCCCCGCAUCACAAGAAACCAACUGUCUUGAAUUCACAAUAGCUUUACAAUUCUCUCUCAGACACACACAUCAUGGCAUUUAUCCCAGUUAACUCAACCAUCUGAUACGUCUUGUGAAUAUCUUAACUGGACAGCCAUGGUUAAUAUACUCCAAAUAACACACACACAAAAAUAUAUACAGUACCAGUCAAAAGUUUGGACACACCUACUCAUUCAAGGGUUUUUAUUAUUUACUAUUUUCUACAUUGUAGAGUAAUAGUGAAAACUGAAAAAACAAAUGGAAUCAUGUAACCAAAAUAAACAAAUAAAAAUAUAUUUUAUGUUUUAGAUUCUUCAAAGUAGCCACCCUUUGUCUUGACAGCUUUUCACACUCUUGGCAUUCUCACAACUAGCUUAAUGAGGUAGUCACCUGGAAUGCAUUUCAAUUAAACAGGCGUGUUUUGUUAAAAGUUAAAUUGUGGAAUUUUGUGACAAGGUAUACAGAAGAUCGCCAUAUUUGGUAGAAGACCAAGUCAAAUAAGCAAAUAGAAAACAACAGUCCAUCUUAACUUUAAGAAAUGAAGGUCAGUCAAUCUGGAAAAAUUCAAGAACUUCGAAAGUUUCUUCAAGUGCAGUCGCAAAAACAAUCAAGCG